CAGGAACGCGUUUCGUCGAGGUUGACAUCAGGUUGCGCGAUCCCGCUGCAUGGCCGGUGGCCGGGCACGAGUGAUCUGGCAGCCUCUUCGUGUCUUGCAGGUUCUAUCGCGUCGCCUCUCUGCUAGAGAUAGAACGCAAGAUCUGUCAGGCCGACGAAGAGCAAGAGCCUAUCACCCGGCCCUGCGUUGGUUGCUACAAGCUCUGCAAACAAGCGACAUCUCGGCUGGUCUGACCCGACGAAAGCUUCGGCAGCUGCGACGAUGGACUCAUCAACAUGUGCACGAUCGCAAGCCGCUCGCUUAUAUCAUCGGCACCCAGCCCUUUGGCUCGCUCGAGCUACGCAUACGUCCGCCCAUACUCAUACCCAGACCGGAGACCGAGCAAUGGACCAUCGACUUGGUUGACGCGCUAAAACAGUAUGUUGCGCUUGCUAAGUCGCAGGCGAAAGCGCCCGCUCCUUUGCGUAUUCUCGAGAUAGGGACGGGUUCAGGCUGCAUAUCGAUCUUGAUCGCUCACUCGCUCGACCCAGACGAUGUCAGCAUCACAGCAGUCGACACGAGUGACGCUGCGCUAGCCUUGGCCCGAGAGAAUUGCAUAGCACACGGCGGUAACGUCAAGCUCGUCAAGGCGGAUCUGUUCGACGAAAGCUUUGUAGGCUUGGCUUUGGCAACGAACUGCGGACAGCCUUUUGAUCUCGUCGUUUCGAACCCGCCAUACAUUCGGACCAGCGAAUGGGCUGCACUGGACGCGUCAGUACUGAACUGGGAGGAUCGGCUGGCGCUAGAUGCGAAUGCAAGGGAGCACAAAUUUGAUCGACAAUCAGACGAUGGCCUGCGAUUCUACAAGCGCAUCCUCUCGCUGCACGCGCAGCUCCUGAUCCAAAAAACAGCGGGCCCCUUGCCUAGACUCGUGUUCGAGCAUGGACAUGACCAGCAAGAUGCCCUCUGUCAGUUGAUUGAACGAGAGCACAAGCUUCAAGUGCAACGUAAGAGUAUCUUCGAUGUGCCUCGGGUGGUAUACAUCUCGUGAAAUGCAUUCGUCAGUCGACACGCAAGUGCGAGUAGAUCUUUCUCAUGAAGACGAAAGAGGCAAUGAAGCCUAUGCUUCCGCCGAUCAAGAACGUUACGAGCGUGACGAGCGACAAGUAUCCCAGAUAGAGCACUUUGAGCGAAAGGCCAUUGAGCGAAAGCCGCGAGGCCCAGUAAGACAAGCCGU